GCUGCAGCUAUUAUACGGGCUGCGUUCGAUGAUCAGUCCUCCAAGCGCAGCAACUAGUAGCUGCAAGCGCGGGAUCUUCGUUCUCUCUCUCUCUCUCUCUCUCGCGCGUUCAAUUUAGUUCUGUUAACGAUUUUGCCAGAUCGUAAAGAUCGCGAUCUGUGCGCGACUGAAAAUUUUCUUCACGCACAGAGCAGAAGCGCGAGUUGAUAGAUUUGCGUCGGUUUUCGAAUUUUGCGACGGCGACGGCAGCGGCAGUGGAAAAACCAAGAAGAAUUAAAGAUGACAGGAGGCGAAGAUCCAGAGACACAUCAGGGUACAUCGGAAUGUAACAGGAGCCCAGAGCUAAAAACAAAGAAGAGCAUCUUCGUUAGGCUGAAAAAUUUGUAUCCACAAUGUUUAGCCGCAUUGGCAGUAUGGCUGAUAACGCUGGAACUGGGCAUCAUGAUCGUCUGGUCUUCGCCCUAUCUGGCCCAACUCACGGUGCCCGAUUCACCUCUGCCGCUGACUCUGACCGAGGCCUCGUGGGUCGCGUCGCUCCUCUACAUAGGGCGCAUCAUCGGUGCCAUUCUCGGUACCUACCUCGUGAAUGAGUACGGCAGCAGAAAGACCGUGCUCAAGACCGCGGCUCCCAUGGCCCUCGGUUGGAUUCUGACCUAUUGCGCCACUUCGCCGGCCUAUCUCUACGCAGCGAGAAUCAGUCUGGGCAUCGGUUUCGGUCUCGGUUACAGCGGCUUCGCCCUGUACCUCGGUGAGGUAGCAGCGCCGAGAAUCAGGGGUACGUUAGUAUCAUUUGCCAUCCUCGGCGGAUCUUACGGAAACUUGUUGGUCAGUUUCACGGGUGCCAAUAUGAGUAUGCAGCACACGAGCAUUAUGUACUUCGUGCCGUGCGUCUGCAUCAUGAUUUUGCUUCUCUAUCUACCCGACUCGCCGCAUCAUCUGGCGAAACUCGGCAAGUUAGACGAGGCAAGAAAAUCAUUGAUUUGGUAUCGUCAUUCGGAGGAUAUCGACCAGGAGCUGGACGGAAUAGUAGUUUACGUAAAGGCCUCCACGGCUUCUAGUUUUAGGGAAAAAUUAGGUGAAUUUCGAAAACCCCACGUUCGCAACGCCACCAUACUAGUCAUGAUGCUGUUUGCUUUCAUGCAGCUGUCGGGUCUCAACAACGUCAUGUUCUACAUGGAGAUAAUCCUGAAGAAUGCCCACCUCGACAUGAUCGAACCGUCGUUGGCCGUCACCUACGCCAUCAUAGCCUCCAUCGUCACCGGCAAUCUGUGCGUCGGCCUCUACGACAAAUUCGGCCGUCGCCUGCUGCUGAUCAUGUCGAGCGUCAACGUCUCGCUGUCUCUGGCCGGUCUCGGGGCGCACUUCACCCUCGAGUCCGCCGGCGUCCAGUGGGCCGGAUCCCAGUGGCUGCCACUCCUGUCCAUCUUCGCCUUCAUCACGAAUUUCGUCGUGGGCCUGGCCUCGAUACCGAGCAUCGUCUCGAGCGAGGUCUACUCGGCCGACAUCAAACCCGUGGCGGCCUGUAUGGCCAAUCUCACUGCUGCAGCCGCGGCUUUUCUCACCUCCAAGGCCUAUCAGCCGAUGGUCGACGCCUACGGCGAAGCCUUCGUGUUUUUCACCCACGCCGCGAUCACAAUCAUGAUCGUGCCGUUCGCCCUGAUAUUCAUGCCGGAAACUAAGGGCAAGUCGUUGCAGCAGAUACAAGAUCUCUUGAUGAAAAAGUCUUGAUUGUAAUAAUAAUAAAAAACAACGAAUUGUAAUCUCGGGAUCGUGCGCUGAUGAAAUUGUGCAUUAUAUUAUUGCGCUACCGUAUAUUACAUUGAACGCGGUUUGAUCGUCGGCGAACGAUUUGCCAAAGUUAAAAAAGAUUGUUGAUUCGAUAAGUUCGCAAAUAUUUGCGAGUUGUACAAUUAUUUACUUUACUUAAUUACUCAAACAGCUUCGUUAUUUUAUAUAUGAUUUUGUCAAAUGAUAUUUCCUUAUAAAAUUAAUAGUAUUAUAAUUAUAGCAAUAAAUUUAACAAAUUCAA